AUGGCUAAUAAUAUUGCUCUCAAUUUUCGCAUUAACGGUGGUGGAAUUUUUGAACUUGAUAAUGUUAAUCCAACAAUAACUGUCAGAGCACUCAAAACUAUGAUUAGAAAUGGGAACUAUGUUACUUCUACUAUUUUCGAACUUUAUAGAAAUGAUUUUGCAAGAGAGGUAGAAGAAAAUAUGAAAGAUGAAGCUACUGUUGAAGAUUACUAG